AUGAAUUUUUGUGCAGCUAUAGCAGAAACUCAAUUAAAUAGUUCGGAAUUUGAUUGGCUACGAGCAUUGGUACCAUGGCAUCAUAAAGGCAAUUUAAGUGCUAUGGCUAUAUGGCCCGAUAUUAUUCUCAAUCCGAAUACGAAUCCUAUUGGCUAUGAAAAUUGGUUAUGGACUGCCGAAUUACAUUAUAUUCGUAUACCCGAUUGGAACUGUUCGUAUAUAUCUGAACGAGAUUGUCCACAAGAUCGAUGUAUUGAAGGUGCAUUAAAAAAUUAUACGAAGCGUAUCGUUGCUCCCUUAGGUGGAUUAAUUGACGAAACACAACGACAAGAGGCUCUAUUUUUUCUUCUUCAUUUUGUUGGUGACAUUCAUCAGCCAUUGCAUGCCGGAUUUAUUGGCGACAAAGGCGGUACUGCGCUCAAAGGCUAUUUCAUGGGCGCAACUCAACAGACUGAUUUUCAUUGGUUAUGGGAUGAUGAUAUUUUAAUGUAUCGUCUACAUAAACAUUUUUCAUCAAAUAUUGAGCAUUAUUUCAAUUAUCUUUAUUCACUUAUGAUCAAUCAAUCGUCUACCAUCGAUAUGAAUAGUGAUAAAGAUUAUAAAACAUGGAUUCGAGAAGAUAUUGAUAUUGUCUGUUCGCAACUCUAUACCGAUGAUAAUAAUCAAAAUAUCAGUGGUUCGUUCAAUUUGAAUCAACUCUAUUUCGAACGAAAUUAUCCAUUGAUCGAUAAACGAAUCGUUCAAGCCGGUCGCCGUCUUGGCAUACUUCUCAGAAGUUUGAAACCCGAACAACCUAACUCAUCAUGUAUUACACUUUGUUCCAGUACGAUUGCUAUCAUUAUCAUACUCAGUAUUCAAUUUAUAUUUGGUAUCGGUAUUUGA